AAGUGUAUGUUGUUUUCCAUUGCAGUAUCAACACGUUCCCCAAGUUCAUGGGGGUGGAAGUUAGCUAAAAUGUUGCAAAAAUCUAUAUAUUGACGCAUCUGAAAUAUGGCAGAUUCAAAGGUUGCAGAAGACAGCCCUAUUUUGCAUGUUGUAGUCAUUGGAUUUCAUCACAAAAAAGGAUGUCAGGUGGAGUAUUCCUACCCGCCACUGAUACCGGGGAAUGCAGUCGACAGCCAUGAUGUCCCUGACAAGUGGAGGCACCUGCCAUCCCUGGCCCUUCCUGAUGGGGCUCACAACUAUGUUAAAGAUACAGUAUUUUUCCACCUUCCUUCACAAGAUGGUGGACGCAAGACAGUGUACUGUGUGUCCUGCUACAGACAGAUGGAUGCCAAGGACCUGAUCAACAGGACAGCGGAUGUGACUCGCAGCACGGUCCAGAAGAGUGUGUGUGUCCUCAGCAGGCUGCCUCUGUAUGGACUGAUCAAGGCCAAGCUGGAGCUGAUUACACAUGCCUACUUCGAUGAGCGGGACUUCAGCAAGGUGGAGCUGCUACAGCAGACCUUCAACAACCUCAGCCAGUCCAUGACCGACAGCUUGCUGGAUGGGUCACAGGUCUUUCUGGGCCUGUCUGCUAGGGAUGUGGUGAUGAAGUUCAAGCACAAGAUUGUCGUACUCUUCAAGCUGCUGCUGCUGGAGAGGAAGAUUCUGUUCUUUGGCUCACCAGUAGAGAAUCUAAGCGGAACUCUGCUGUCUGUUUUGGCUCUCUUUCCAAAUAUGGUGGAGUUUGGCUUAGAUGAGUCGGUAAUGAAACAACUUAGGGAACUGUCGCCCACAUUAGGCAUGGCAUCCUUAGACAGUGAGGGGGAUGAGAACGAGUCGUUUCUGGAGGUCAGGUACUCUUCUGAGAAGGAUGUUAAGAAUAUGUCUGAUAUUACGAUGCACAUGAGGAAUGAACCGAUUAAACGCAGUAACAGUGUCGAGCCUCAGUCACCAACUAUACCAAGAGAUGGUAGUUUAGUCAUGUCAGGGAUUGCGUAUAAUAAUGACAAGGACAUGCAGGACUCUUUUCAUGGGCAAGUGCAAUCGUUGGAUGGACAGAGGUCUAAGGCUUUGAAAAACUCUGAAAACGAACAGCUCAAAAUGGCUGUCGGACGUGAUCUGGUAAAGAGCUCAAAACCAACACGAUGCUCCUCUGUUGACGAAGAUCCAAAAGUUCACGACCAUGCCAAAGUGCACGACCUCUCCAAAGUACAUGACCUUUCCAAGUAUAAGGGUGAUGGUGGAGGAUCAUCAAAAGAUGAUCCAAGUGCUUCAUGUGAUAUUCAAGACUGUUUUCAAGAUGAAGAAAAUUUUACUGCAUUUGGAAGCCCGAAAGAUAAGGGUGCGAUUGUGUAUAGCAAGGAGGACAGCCCCCUACAGCACAUGCCAAGCAUAACUCAGAUAGAGGCUGUACAGACUGGAAUAACAAUGCCAAACAGUAGCGAGAAAAUGGAGGAAUACUCACGCGAGGUUGAACUGGCAAGUAGCCCUGAAAGCCCUCAGCCUGACCUGAGGAGAGACUUGCCACUUUCUCUGGAGGACAAGGAGACUGUGCUUUCUCUCAGGAAGACAGACAGCUUUGAGGACCUAGAUUCUCCAGAAAGUAUCAGUAGAAUAGACAGGGAAGAUUGUUUCUCCUGGGAAGAUGACCGCGUUCUGUUGUCCAUCGAGCAUGAACCAGAAAUCAAAGAUGGCAUAGAUUCCAAGGGAGAUAACUCUGCUAAUGUUGGUUCUGCAUCUGCCGCUGGGCCUAUCCUGCAGACGGACGGUAGUUUUGAUGAAAAGAGUUCUGUGUCGGAGAGUGAUAAGGGAAGUGUUUCCUCUGAGAAAAGUGUAACCCGGCGGUCUGGUCGCCAUGGUAGCCCAGGAGUGAAGGCUGCCGCUCUGAAACAUAAACUGACUGCUGCUUUUGGGAAUUUACACAUUAAAGGAAAAGGGAAGACUACUGGUCAGAUUGAGAUGAAACCGAUGUCGAGAGAAGAGUCUUUGAUUCAGCAGGAUGACUAUGGUUUUCCUCUUGCUGUUUUCACAAAGGGCAGUGUCUGCCACCCGUACUUGAGUCUGCAAUAUCAUGACAUUCUGCAGGACGUCAACAUCAGAAGCUUCUUGAUUGGCGCCACCAACAUUCUGUUUAAACAGAGGAGAUCCCUGAUGGACGUCAUUGUAGAGAUUGGCGAAGGCAAAGUGGAAAUCCUGGACAAGGAGCUGCAGCGGUACCUACACCUCACAACAGCCGACCUCCGCUUUGCCGACUACCUCGUCAAGAUGGUUGUGGAGGACAAGAAUGACAUCUACCUGGACGGGACAGUCUCCUUUCCAGAGUGGGAGGGUGGAGACGAGUGGAUCCGUGCUCAGUUCCGCCUUUACCUGCAGUCUCUGCUGGCUUCAGUCAUCAAUGAAGAUACCAAACUUCUAGAUGAUUAUGGCUCCAGCUUUGUUCAGGCAUGGAAGAUGACCCACAACUUCAGGGUUUGGUCUAAAACUGAUCAUGCUGGUCUCAAGGAGUUCCCUCCUGGACAUCCAUACCAAGGGCAUUUGAAUGUUGCAGAUCUCAGAGUGAGGCUGUCCCACAACCUGCAGAACACCGAGCGUGGCAAGAAGAUCAACGCAGCCGUUGUCCAGACAGGGAAGUACAUGGUGCAGACAGGCAAGGCUGUAGGGGGCGCUUUAAGUAAUGCAAGAUCAGCCCUGUCGUCAUGGUUCAGUGGUUUCUCCGCGGAGAAGUCCCAGAUGUCGCCGUCAGAGUCAGCGGAGACAGUGUCGGAACCGGAGUCCAGCUAACCCCUCCAGGCGUGGUGGCUGUUCUUGUUUAUGCAUAUUACUUUAUCUGAGGUCUGCUCAUGUGGUUGUUUGUUUACAAGGUCAAAGAGACAUCAAUGGCUCAGUUUGUAAACCUUGUAACAGUGUCACUGCAUACUUGUAACUAUUGCAAGUUGCAGUUUAUUACUCAUUCCAAUACUGAUAUUGUGUAUUUUCACACGUCGCUUACAGUAUCAUAUAUGAUAAAAUAAGGAUGCAAUAAAACAUCUCUUCUGUUAAAGUCAGAAAUCGAUGCAAUGGUAAAGGUAUCAUAAGGACUAGUAGAAAUUUGCCAUUUUUCGGGGUUUUGCUAUAUGUUAUCAUUAUAAGGACUAGUGGACAAAAACUGUUUGUCUAGUUCUGUAAAACCCUGUUUAUCCAGACAUACUGUUCUCAGUGAAAACAUCCAGGUAAACACAUGGCUGUGUGAAUGAAUCCUAGUGUGUACUAACGUCGCUUCAAAUACAAAUUGACCUCGAUAGACAAAAUCCGGGGAGUGAUGAUUCUGGAUUAACAGGGUUCAAACUAACAACAGUCAGUGUAUUUUUGUUUGUUUUUUUGUUGCUGUUUUGGGUGGGGUGGGAUGGUGUGUUCAAAUAAAUAGCCACGAUAGACAUGUAGCCCAUACAUCCCCAUUGGACCUGGGCCCACUUGCACAAAGUGAUCUUGGCCCUAAGACUAUUGUAAGCCUACCGGGGUAUGUUAAAGUAUGGGAGUUACGAUCAUCUUAGCGCUAAGAUUGCUUUGUGCAAGUAGGCCCAGGGGGAGGGGACAUUUUGAAACAUUUGAAAUAAAAGUAGGCGAUAUUAUACAGUAUGAAAAAGAUAAGAUGGAUGCGAAAGUGGAUAGGAGAGGGGGAGAUAGAACAACAGUCAGUGUCAGUAGUGUCUGGUGUUGCUUGGGUGAUGAUAAAGUGGGACUCACAUUGAGUACUGUGGAAAUAGGGCUUGCCAUUAUGAGAGGAGCUCGAAUUGUGAUUACAGUAUUUUAAUUAGAUUCAUAUAAGGAACCGAGCCAAAGAAUGCUGUCAGAACACUUUGUGUGUUUCAUGUUCAUCCCUGAAGGGACGGCUUCAGUUCCCACGGGUACAUUUUCUUAAGUUGUUAUUUUUUUUAAUUCCGAAGGAGGCCCAUUUUGCCAUAAUAUAUAACUUAGCCCCUUUGUACUGUUGUCAGCGAAAUACAGGUUGUCUCUACAAAGCCAUAAACUUAGCUAUUUGUUAUUAGCAUAAAUGGGUAAACUUUAAAAUCCAUUUUGGCAAUUUUUUAAUGAUGUUUGCUACAGAUUUGGGGCUGAAUAUCAGCUUCUCAGCAGGUCUAGAUAAAUCCCAGAGAGUGGUUCAAACAUGAGAAGAUGCCGUGGGUGGUUCAGUUGUUUUUAAUGCCGUAAUUCUGCGGUAAAGAGUUUCACCCGUAUGUCAUGCCAGAAUCCACUGAUUGUGGGUUUGAAGCUGGGAUUUGCUGGUUCUUGGUUUUGUUGCACCAUUCCCAUCACUUGGCUUCGUCAUCCCCAACGGCGUUGAAUAUCCAUCACUUGCAUUCCAUGACUCAACCCUACACAUUACCACGUUU